AUAGCUAGAAAGAAAGAGAUAGAGAUCGAGAGAGGGAGUGAAAAGAGAGAAAGAUUGAGAGUCUAAGGCGAAGUGAGGUGUGGUUUACUCACACAUGCACAAGACAAACCAGUCUUCCUUGGUGUUAUUAUUGUUUUUAGACACACCGAUGGCCUGUCUCUAUCUCUUUAACUACGGCAUGGCUUCCAGCUAACUAAACUCGUGUCGACGGAUUUUUUUCUCAUUAAACAAUAGAAUCGUGGCUUCUUUGAUAUACACCUCGCUCAGAGAUUUAUUAUUACACACACAUACAUAUAUGUUAAAUACAUACACAGGCAUACACUCACGCACUCACACAAAUAUAUACGCGCGCGCGUAUAAGCACGCACAUACCUAUAUAUAAAGAUGCAUGCAUAUAAUUCACCGAUUGCGGGUGUUUUACGAAAACAACAGUAACUACAACAACAGCGCUUUCCACCCUGGAUAAAACUCAACAACCGUAUUAAUUAGUAGUCUACCCCGGUCCGAGCAUUAAUAGCUCGUUUUGCGAUACAUGCUUGGACGUCCUUCUUGAUGUGAACAAGGUUCCAUCUAUCUAUCUAUCCAUCUAUCAUUUACUAUUUCUCUUCUCCACUCUCUCGUUAUAUAUUUUUAAUUACUAUUUCUGUCUCUGUGGUUGCCUUGUCUUAAAGGCCAAUGUUUCAAUUCUAUGGAUAUGGCAGACAAAACUGAUUCGCAAGAAUGUCUUCCCGAGGUCGGCAAAGUUCAGAGAGUUUGUCAGAAGUGGUCUGAACACGAAGACGGAGUCUUAGCAUAUCAUCUCCAGAAUGAAGAAAUUAACUCCCACUAUGGCCGUAAUCGCUUCAAUCGACGUGCUGCCCGCAAUGAUGUGCCCAUAGCAAAGGUGAUCCAGAUUGAAGAGGAGAAAAAACACCAGGAGGAGCGUAUGCAACAACUGAAACUUUUGCAUCAAAGGUCCCAAGAGGAUCAGAAAAUUGCCCAGAAGGUGUACCAGGAAAUCUUAAAAGAGGAGCAGAAUGAUAAGAGUAUGAUGGAGUGUGAUGAUGAGGAACUAGCCCGACAAAUGCAAGACAAAGAAAAGAGGAAAUACGAUCGAUACCUAGAGAAGAAAAGAGAACGUCAACUGAAGAGAGAACGGGAGAAGAUUGAGAAGAAACUUGCUGAACAAUCAGAAGAAGCACGACUGACCACGUUUUCUUCUGAUGCUGUUGAGAACCUCAGAGAAAAUGUUGACAAUCUUCACUUAAAGAGUCCACCUUCCAAUGUCAAAGUUCGUCAUAGCGGUCAACUUGAGGACAACGGUGACUUUAGUGACUUCUAUGUGCUCCCACCUACUGCAAACGUUGCUGAACAGAAACUGCUACAAGAGUAUCAGGACGAGGAACUUGCACAGUUAAUCCAAGAACAAGAACAUAAGAGAACAAAAGCAAUAGUCGACCAAAGAAAACUGCGUGAAAUCGAAUUACAUGAUGCCAGGCUUGCAGAAAUCAUUCAAGAACAGGAGAAGAUUAAAUCCCGGAGAGUGCGUGGCCGACGGGAAAGGGCAGCCGAUGAAAGACAGGCAAACAAAGACAGUCAGAUUAAUGGCCAUAGGAAUCGGCCACAAAGCAUGACAGAGGUCACAAACCAAUCAUCUUCAUCACCCGAUGCUGGGCUACCAGUCCAGGCACAGCAUGGCAGUGCUGCUUCACACAUUUCCAAUUCCAUAAGCUCAACUUCUCAACAGUCCAAGGACCACCACCAUCAAGUACAACGAACUGUAUCACUAGGAAAUACUUCUGCAUGCAGGAAGACUGCAUCAAAACCUUCUCACUCCCACAUCUCUCAUUCCAUGAAAGGGAAACCAUCCGAUAGGUCAAACAAUAGCGACCACCAUGCCUCUUACAGGAAUGGUCGACAGACAAUGGGUGUUAUCCCAAAUGGUGCUCAGAAUGGUAAUGAUAGAGGCUCUGCAUGUCACUAUGGCAAUGGAAGCCAGCCUGCCAUGAACAGACGGAGACCUCCUCCUGGCCCUGCCCGCUUACCAAGCGCCAGGGAUAGUCUAAAUAACACAGAAGCACAUAACGUGGAGCAUUGGUUGACAGGUUGCCCCGUGGAGUACAGUCCAAAGAACGGUCAUUCACAGAAGUCUCCUUCACGUGAAUGGGAAGCUGAGCUGAUGGGUGAUCAUUUAUCAGAAGUGAGCUCUAGGGGCAGCACGGAUUUAAGGUUGCCCUCUCCUUCUCCACCUGAUAGUUCCCACAGUGAACAUGACCCUUCAUCACUUAGUAGUGGAAGUCAUGAUCAAACACCAUGUAGAUAUCCUGCUAGCAAUCCUAUCUCUUGCUCCUACAAUAUUGCAACAGCCAUUGAUCCCACCUACAAGCGAAGGCAACACGAAAUUCACGCUGCCGAUGAAACAGAACCCAAAAUCUCUCUAAUGUUGUCUCGUUCACUACCUUUACAUGCAGAAGAAUCUGUAAAUGAUGAUGACGAUUUAAAUAAUGGAGUGACCAGCACUGGUCAGCAGAUUCAGCCAGUGCCAGGACAACGGAGAGCUGCAACUAUUGACCGAAACAAGAAACUAAAGAAGCCAACUAGUAAAAAUGGAACGUGCAGACAACAAUAGCCCCUGAUCCCCCCCCCUCCGUCCCUUGUUUUAUGUAUUAUGUAGACAGUAUGAGUUCUUGUCCAUUAUUUUCUCUGUAUCCUAUUGACAACAGCAGUCCCUGUCUCACUGGUCUUCUGUGGUCUCUACAAUGCUUUCUCCAAGUGAACAUGGUUUAAUUUCACUUCAACACAAUAACAUGCCAACACCAUUUGUGCAGCAGUGUGCACCAGAGCAACAGCUAACAUCACCGAUGCUGCAUUUGCAGUCAGCUUGCUUCUGUGGCAUAAUUAAAUGCAUCACAGAAACUAUAAUAAUAAUAAUAAUACUUACCAGUUAACUGUACAACAUUUACUCUGUCUACAAUACAAUGAACAUGCCAACACUUGUAUAUGAAGCGAUGUCAUUCUGAGCAACUACUGACAUCACUGAUGCUACAUUUGCAGGCAACAUGCUUUUCGUUACAUAACUAUAGGCAUCACAGGCCCUAUAAUAAUGUCUACCAGUUAACCAUGCAGCAUCACGCUUUCUACAGAGAGCUAGGUGACUAUCACAGACCCUUCUGUAAACCCAUUUACUAAAUGAGGCUGUUGGCGCACACAUUAGUAUCUCCUAGAUUUUUCUACCAAUCACUGUAUUCGAGAGCCACUUUCACAAACCUUUGUAUUUACCAACUAGAUUAGUGAGGGAAGACCUUUCUGUUUGCCGAUUCCACGAGGGACCACUGUUACAGAUCUUAUUUUGUAUCAGUUCAGCAAGGAACCAUUCUGUCUUCUAAUUUAAUGAAGAGCUAUUAUUACAGAAAUUUUGUAUCUCCCAGUUUAGAAUUAAGCUAAAACAGCCCCUAUUUUUCAAUGUGCACUGUAACAUCUGACUUGUGAGUCAUCCAUGUGGCUCAAACAUUAAAUAUGGCAAGAUUUUAGUUUUGAUAAAAACUUAUUUAUACUUUGUGAACCAAAAUCUUCUUUACACCUGAGGCUAUAUAUAUGUGUGUGUGUGUGUAUGUAUUUA